CCCUUAAAACCAUAUCUCAUUUUCUUAAAUCAUUCUAUGCUAAUAUUCCUCCAUUUUCUCAUGUUGUUUAUCAUCUAUUUCAAAGAUACUCAGGCCACGAAAGAAUUCGAUGGAUUGCCUGGAUAUGUAUUUGCAAAGAUCGACACUUAACUUUUGAAGAAAGUUCGCAUGCAUAUCAAGGAUCUUGAGUAAUGGCAUUCUUCAAGAAAUUUAGAAACUUUUGAUCCAAACAGCUAACACAUUCUAUCUCGAGAGAAAAUUUUCUGAUAUUGAUCUGAGUAGUUAAAACUAUGGCCUACAAAUUGAGAGACAGGAGCCAAAAGAGAAUUUACUUCAGCACAAGUAGUUCAGAUAGUGACUCCAGCUAUUCUGAUCCUGACUAUUCAAGGUCUAGGCAACGAAGACCACAAAAUGAAGCCAAAAAUAUUGAAAUUGGAAGUUCAAGUUUGGUGCGAAGAAGAGGUCGUCCCAUAAAGAGAAGGGUAUAUGGAAGAGAAAACCAAAGUAUCGAAGUUGGAGAAAGUUCUAGGGGAAGAAAGCAAGCUCCUUAUUCACUUAAGAAACAAGAUACAAGUGUUGGAAAACCACAGGAAAAGAAAAACAUCUUGUCAUGGUUGAUAGACUUGGGGAUUAUCAAGGAAAAUGCAGAAGUUUGGUAUCUGGCGGAUAAUCGAAUAAGAAUUUUGCUGAGGGGAAUGAUUAGAAGGGCCGGGAUAUUCUGUCUGUGUUGUAACGAGGAGAUAACAGUUUGGGAGUUUGAGAUUCAUGCUGCGAGUGAUCUGAAUAGACCAUAUGCGAAUAUUUUUCUAGCUUGGAAACUUGUUUCUCUCUUCCAAUGCCAGCUUGAGGCUUGCAUUAUGGUCAUGGGACCAAACCAAUGUGGAUUUAACCAAGUUGUCCCUAGGGAGAAUGCUGUAGACAGGAAUGAUGAUGCUUGUAUGAUUUGCACGGAUGGAGGGGACUUGAUUUGUUGUGACAAAUGUCCUUCAACGUUUCAUAAAGAUUGUUUAAGAUUGGAGAGUGUUCCACAAGAGGAGUGGUUGUGUCCUUACUGCAUUUGCAAAUAUUGUGGUCUUCUUGGCCAUGGUAAUGAAGAAUUAUUCACAUGUUCCCAAUGCCAAAAGAAAUAUCAUUGGGCAUGUUCUCUUGAAGAAGACUUAGAUCUUAAUACUCCUGUCGCCCCACUUAGCAACCAGACUACUCUCGUCAAUUCUUUCUGUGGGAAAAGCUGCAGGGAGAUUUUUAAGCACUUGGAAAGUAUAGCUGGAGUCCGAAAUGAGGUAGAUGGAGGCCGAUUGUCUUGGUCUCUAAUGCGCCUAACAGAUCUACGAUCAGCUACACCUACCGAUAACAUUCAGAAGAUUGUGGAAUGUAACUGUAAGAUUGGCAUUGUAUGGGACAUGAUGAAUGAAUCCUUCGUUACAACCACGGACCGACUUACUAAUAUAAAUAUAGUUCGAAGUGUCGUAUACAAUCAAGGAUCAAACUUGGCUCGAAUUAACUUUCAAAGAUUUUAUACUGCUGUUCUUGAGAAGGACGAUGAGAUAGUCUCUGCAGCAUGUCUCAGGAUACAUGGAACGAAAGUUGCAGAGAUUCCCUUCGUUACAACUCAUGAAAACUAUAGGGACAUGGGGAUGUGGAGAAAGCUUCUAGUUGCGAUUGAAUCUGCUCUUCGCUUUCUUAAAGUUGAGUAUUUGGUCAUUCCAUCCAUCGACCAUCUUGUUCCAAUGUGGACUAAGAAAUUUGGUUUUAGCAAAGUCGAAGGUUCCCUGAUGAAUGAAUUAAUCUUUCUCAACACAUUGAUGUUUACUAAAGCAAUUAGAUUGCAGAAGACCUUGCUCCCAGCUCAUUCUGUAAAACCAGAUGGCGGAGAUAAUAGAGGCAAGGAAGUUGAUGGCGUUAGUAAACAGAAGGAGGAAACUGGAACAAGCAAAGGACGGAAUGUUGGAAAACUCCCGCUUUUUGACUUAAAUGUUGAACCUACGAAAGAGGGUAGAAAGUAAUGCCUAAGCAAUAACGGGAAACAUGUUGACAAAACACAAUACUCCCAACAUUUAUGAGACAGAUUUUUGUCCAAGACUCAUGUGUUGUCUUUAGUUUUAACAUAGACUAAAUGGAAGGCAAGUCUGACUUCAUGUACUUCAGCUACCAUUUUGAUGACUUUGCUCGUACAAUAU